ACAAGUGGGAGUGGAAUUGUUACUCGCUACUAGGCGAAAACGACGUGACGCCGAUCGCCUCAGCUCCGGCAACUUGCCGAUCUCGUAUAAAUGGCGAGCAUGGCCGGAGAUUCUAGCUGCCACACAAGCCGGGAACCAAACCCAAAGAGCAGUGUACACAUAUCACCUCACUGCUGCUGCACACAUAUAUAGCCAGAGUCAUAUACAAUUAUUCUGCAGCUAAUCACACUUAGCACAGUUAAGUAAUCAUCAUUUAUGGACGAGAUCAGAAGCCUGAUGCUGCAGCAAGGGUGGAGGAAGGGCCCGUGGACUGCGCUGGAGGACAGGCUCCUGACCGAGUACGUGCAGCAGCACGGCGAAGGCAGCUGGAACUCCGUGGCCAAGCUCACAGGGCUGAGGCGCAGCGGGAAGAGCUGCCGGCUGCGGUGGGUGAACUAUCUCAGGCCGGACCUGAAGCGGGGGAAGAUCACCCCCGACGAGGAGACCGUCAUCCUCCAGCUGCACGCCAUGCUCGGCAACAGAUGGUCGGCGAUCGCGCGGUGCCUGCCGGGGAGGACGGACAACGAGAUCAAGAACUACUGGAGGACGCACUUCAAGAAGGCGAGGCCGUCGCGGCGUGCGCGGGCGCAGCUGCUGCACCAGUACCAGCUCCAGCAGCAGCAGCAGCAUCGCCAGUAUCUCCAUAGCCUGAACCUUCUGCAGCAGCAGCAGCAGCAGCUUCAGCAACAGCAACAGCAACAGCAACAGCAGAUGAUGUUGCUGCAGGAGCAGGAGCAGCAGAGCCCGCAGGAGGAGGCAGCUGACGAUUCCAUGGUGAUGAUGAUGAUGAACGAUCUCCAGAGCAAGGAGCGUUGCUGCACGGCGGUCUCGGUGGUGCCCGACGACUGCGUGCUCCCCGCCGAUGAUGAUGCGAUCUGGGACAGCCUCUGGAGGCUCGUCGACGGCGAUGGCAGCUGCGGCGAAGGCUCGAGCGGGGGCGAGUACUGGGCUACUAGCUAAGCAGCUAGUAGAAGUGAAGCAGUGUAGAGAGUGUGGAAGUCUGGAAGAAGAGAGGUGUAGUGCAGGUUUCAGUUGCUGCAAGGAUCGAUCGAUAUUAGUGGCGGUACUUGCUAGUGUCAGGAUCGUGCUUAGCUUAAUUUUCCGACGCGAUUAGCUCGCCAUGGAUCGUGUUUUGCAUUUUCACCAUGACCAUGCAUGCGAGUCCGGACUCUGUUCCCUGUACUCUGCUCCCUGUCACAAAGUUUGCAACAUCAUCAUGUAACUUUUGUAUCCGAUAUACACUUCUGUUACUGAAUUUACCUGUCAGAUACAUUCACUUCACACUACUUCAGUUCAUGUUUUUAGUUUCAAGGGGAAAAAUAUCAAGAGCAUCCAGCAGCAGCUCUCAGUUCUACGAUUCUGACAAGACUGAAGAUUUUGAUUUCUAGCUUUGGGAAGGGAUGAAUCAGGUGAUAAACAUAUGGCUGAAAUGAGACUAUCAGAAAACAAACACACAUAGUUAACCAAUCGAAAGUGUGAAUGCAGCCAAGAGCUUACAAGCAUCCUGGAACAACCCAAGGGAGAAUUUUAUGUACAAAAUGAGAAUUAAUAUAAAAUGAUGAUGAGAAACAAAUGAAAUGUCAGCAUUCCUUUCACCUGUUUCAGCUAUGCUGUUUAUCAUUCCCUUUCAAAGUUUACCCAUGUACACCAAACUAGAGUAUAUACCCAAACAUUUAUAAUGAAUCUAAUCCCAUGCCCACUAUAAAUAAUGGAAAAAGAUCUGCAGAAAACAAACUAAAGAAUUGGAUAUCUUCAUUUCCCUAACACUUGGCUGGUUAUUGCUAGAACUACAUUAUGAUCAAGCAAUAUGGCGGGAGGUUGGGAGGUAGCUAGAGAAGGACUUUGAAGUAGCAACAGUUGAAGAACGGUUCAGCAUUUCGACAACAGAGGGCAGGAUAGUCUGCGAGCGCUGUAGCAUAUCAACCAUGGAUGGUGUCUGGUAAGUAUUAAUAAGGGUUGUGAGCUCUGUCGAGUCGCCACGUGCAGUUGCUCUUUGCCAUGAGUGUGAGCUCAGGCCUGACAGCAUGUAAGCCCUGCCUGAUUCCUCGUACCUCUGCCGGCUCUCCACCCUAUCCUGCAUCUCCCUUAGCUCUUUGAUUAAUGCCAAGAACUGACUGUCUGAAGAGUGUGCUGCAUGUAACUCCAGUAUUCUCCUACGGCUUUCAAGGAUUGACACGGCCUGAGAGAAAGAGCCAUCCUCAGCCGCAGAUCGAGCAGCAGACAUGUCCUCUGUGGCUUGAACACGGUGCCAUUCACGCUCAACCUCAGGUGACAUUG